AUUACAGUAGGUAUAAUUUUCAAGAAAUCAUUUUAAUUACGCUUUUUAACAUAAUAAAUCCGGCAAUAUGCAAUUUCAAAAGGUAACUCACGUGUUAUUUGAUCUAGACGGUCUACUUCUAGAUUCUGAAAUAUUAUACACUGAAUCUUUCACGAGAGUUUGUGCUAAGUAUGGUAAAGAAUUCACGUGGGAACUGAAGUCAACCCUAUUGGGAUUUCAAGGCCAUGAGUGCGCAGAAAAAAUCACUAAGACUUUGAACCUACCUAUAACUAAAGAAGAAUUCAUGAAUGAAUGUAGCAAGAUCAAUGAGGUACUAUUUCCUACUGUACAGCUUAUGCCAGGAGCUGAAAAGUUGGUGAAACACCUACACAAACAUGGUGUACCCAUCGCAUUAGCCACUAGCUCAGGCAAAGAAAGUGUGGAAUUAAAGAUGCAGAACCAUAAAGAAAUACUUGGCUUGUUCCACCAUCUUACCAUGGGGCAAUCAGACCCAGAAGUUACCAAAGGAAAGCCAGACCCCAUAAUUUUCCAAGUCUGUGCUUCUAAAUUCCCUGAAAAACCAGUACCUGAAAAGUGCUUGGUAUUUGAGGAUGCAGUCAACGGUAUCAAAGCAGCAAAGGCAGCAAAUAUGCAAGUGGUGGUAGUCCCAGACCCUCGGGUGGACCCUGAACAGCUGAAGGAUGCCACAUUGGUCCUCAAGUCUUUAGAAGAAUUCCAGCCAGAGCUGUUUGGUCUACCUCCUUACAGUUCUUAAGGUAAUAAUAUAUUUUUAAUAUGGAGAUAAUGUUUUUAGUGCAAUAAUUAUAUUUGUACUUAGUACACAGUAAUUUUUUUGCAUAAAUGUACAUUUAAUUUUCUAUGAAUUUUACCAUGAGUACUUACAGAAAGUCUUUUAUAUGUUUUUAUAUUCAUAUUAUUACUGUCCACAAAGAAGUCACAAAUCCAACUGUAAACUUUGGGGUAGGAACUUGUUAACAAUCCUUACCUAACCAGUAUUAAACAAAUACUAACUUGUUUAUAGUUUGUUUAGUAAUUUUAAAGCACCUGUCGCAAAAAGUUUGUGCAUUGAAUCACUUGUAACAUUUUGUUGAAACCAAAGACUUCUGCCUACCACUAGACAAGUUGUUCGGAAUUAAACUAUCGAGGGAUAAAACCGGACAUAUCACGACAUACAAGAGUAUUAUUUGUAUAACUAACUUUAUAAACUAAUUUACUUGUUGAUCUGUAAAUGGGCAAUGUACAGCAUAUUCUGUCUAGCAGUACCUAGAAGUCUUUGGUUAGUAUACAUGUAUCUACUUCAGAGCUUCCAUUUGUGAGCUUUAUUAUUAUGAUGCUUUGUUCUUGUCUAAUUACGUCAUAGAUUGAUUAUUGUGAUAAAGGAGUACCUGCGAACUUCAAAUACUUGAGUUGUACAGUAACUGUAUUUAAUUUACUUUAAUGAAUUACCUAGUCAAAGGGCAUUUGAUGCCUGCUCUCUCUGG